AUGGCAUCGACCGUGGCAUCGACUGUGGCAUCGACCGUGGCCACUACCAUCAGUACCAUUGUCACUUCGGAUCCGCUAUGGAUGCUUAUCCUGGGCUUCAUUAUUGCGUUUGUCUUGGCUUUCUCCGUGGGAGCCAAUGAUGUAGCAAAUUCUUUUGGUACAGCCGUGGGCUCAGGUGUAGUGACCCUGAAGCAAGCCUGCAUCCUAGCUAGCAUCUUUGAAACCGUGGGCUCUGUCUUACUGGGAGCCAAAGUGAGUGAAACCAUCCGGAGGGGCUUGAUUGAUGUGGAUAUGUACAACUCGACCCAGCAGCUGAUGGCCGGCUCCAUCAGUGCUAUGUUUGGUUCUGCUGUGUGGCAACUAGUGGCUUCGUUUUUGAAGCUUCCCAUUUCUGGUACCCAUUGUAUUGUCGGUGGGACCAUUGGUUUCUCUCUUGUGGCCGAGGGACAGGAGGGUGUCAGGUGGUCUGAACUGAUAAAAAUCGUGAUGUCUUGGUUUAUUUCUCCACUUCUUUCUGGUGUUAUGUCUGGAGUAUUAUUCUUCCUUGUUCGCACAUUCAUCCUCCGGAAGGCAGAUCCAGUUCCUAAUGGUUUGAGAGCUUUGCCAGUUUUCUAUGCCUGCACAAUUGGAAUAAACCUCUUUUCCAUCAUGUAUACUGGAGCACCUUUGCUGGGCUUUGACAAACUUCCUCUGUGGGGUACCAUCCUCAUCUCGGUGGGAUGUGCAGUUUUCUGUGCCCUUAUCGUCUGGUUCUUUGUAUGUCCCAGGAUGAAGAGAAAAAUUGAACGAGAAAUAAAGUCUAGUCCUUCUGAAAGCCCCUUGAUGGAAAAAAACAUCAACUUGAAAGAACAUGAAGAAGCAAAGUUGUCUCUUGGUGAUAUUGAAAGUAGGAGUCCCGUUUCUGAUGUUGGCUCUGCCACUGUGCCCCUCCGGGCUGUGGUGGAAGAAAGGACCGUCUCAUUCAAGCUUGGAGACUUGGAGGAAGCUCCAGAGCGAGAGAGGCUUCCUAGCAUGGACCUGAAGGAGGAGACCAACAUAGACAGUGCCAUAAAUGGUGCAGUGCAGUUGCCUAAUGGGAACCUUGUUCAGUUCAGUCAAGCAGUCAGCAACCAGAUAAACUCAAAUGGUCACUAUCAUUAUCACACCGUGCAUAAAGAUUCUGGCUUGUACAAAGAGCUCCUCCACAAAUUACAUCUUGCCAAGGUGGGAGACUGCAUGGGAGACUCUGGUGACAAACCCUUGAGACGCAAUAAUAGCUAUACUUCCUAUACUAUGGCAAUUUGUGGCAUGCCUCUGGAUUCAUUUCGUGCCAAAGAAGGUGAACAAAAAGGUGAAGAAAUGGAGAAGCUGACAUGGCCUAAUGCAGACACCAAGAAGAGGAUUCGCAUGGAUAGUUACACCAGUUACUGCAAUGCUGUGUCUGAUAUUCACUCUGCGUCUGAGAUGGAUAUGAGUGUCAAGGGAGAGAUGGGUUUGGGAGACAGAAAAGGAAGCAGUGGCUCUGUAGAAGAAGAGUGGUAUGACCAGGAUAAGCCUGAAGUGUCUCUCCUCUUCCAAUUCCUGCAGAUCCUCACGGCCUGCUUUGGGUCAUUUGCCCAUGGUGGCAAUGAUGUUAGCAAUGCCAUUGGUCCUCUGGUUGCUUUGUAUCUGGUUUAUGAUACAGGAGAUGUUUCUUCAAAGGCCCCAACUCCAAUAUGGCUUCUACUCUAUGGUGGUGUUGGAAUCUGUAUUGGCCUUUGGGUCUGGGGAAGAAGAGUUAUCCAGACCAUGGGAAAAGAUCUGACACCAAUCACCCCCUCUAGUGGCUUCAGUAUUGAACUGGCAUCUGCUCUUACUGUGGUAAUUGCAUCAAAUAUUGGCCUUCCCAUCAGUACAACACAUUGUAAAGUGGGCUCUGUUGUAUCCGUUGGCUGGCUCCGAUCUAAGAAGGCUGUUGACUGGAGACUCUUCCGUAAUAUUUUUAUGGCCUGGUUUGUCACAGUCCCCAUUUCUGGACUUAUCAGUGCUGCUAUUAUGGCAGUCUUCAAGUAUGUCAUCCUGUGA